CUACAAGUCCGUCAAACCCUCUCUUUCCUUUUCGUUGUUCUUCUUAACCCAUAGCAAACACACCAACAUCAUCAACCCAAAAUGCAUCUAAUCCUAACAGGCGCCACCGGCCUCGUCGGCUCCGCCGUCCUAGACGCCAUGAUCAAGACAAAAGACAUCACCAAGAUCUCCAUCAUCAGCCGACGACCCGUCAAGAUGGCCGAAGAUGCGAAGGACCCUCGCAUCAACGUCAUUCUUCACAAGGAUUUCGAGAAAUACGAUAGUGACCUGCUCAACCAACUUAGGGGAGCAACGGGAUGCGUUUGGGCGUUGGGAAUCAGUCAGAAUGCUGUUGGGAAGGAGGAAUACGUCAAAAUAACAAAGGACUUCCCCCUCGCCGCCGCCGCCGCUUUCCAGACCCUCCCCUCCUCCGGCCCCUCCGGCCCCUCCUCCUCUCCUGCUUCUUCUUCCCCAGAAUCCCAAUCCCAACCGCAGCAACCCUUCCGCUUCAUCUACGUAUCCGGCGAAGGCGCCACCACCGUCCCCCUUGACUCCCAGCCCCUCCUCUCUCGCCUCACAAACCCCUGGUUCGCCAUCAUCAAGGGACAAACCGAGCUCUCCCUCUCCCAGCUCUACUCCACCCCCGGCACCUUUCUUCCCUGGUCAAUGAGACCAGGCUUUGUCGACCCGUCCUCCCACCCCGCCAUCACGCCUUACAUUCCCAAACCCCCCUUCCUCGUGAACUUGGCGGGAUGUGUUUUGGGACCGCCGAUCAGGGCGGGGUAUAAGAAGAUGUGGAGUCCUACUGAGCCACUUGGGAAGUUUUUGGUGGAGAUGGCUAUGGGAGGGUGGGAUGAGACGAUUAGGAAGGAGGGAGAGACGGGGGGAAAGGGGAUUGAGAAGUUGGAGGGGGGUGGGGUGGUUGUGUCAAAUGAAGGGUGGAGGAGGGUUGCUGGGUUGGGGUAGGGUUGAGAAGAAGAAGAAGAAGAAGAAGGGAGGAGAGGGAGGAGAGUCAGAGGGGAGAGGGGUGGGAUAGAAGGGAACGAACGGGG